AUGAGUCCUCGUUGUUCAUUGAGAAUUGAGACAAGUCCAUGCACAGCCAUGGAGGACAGGGGGGAAUGGGGGAAGGCUGUGGAGAGGACAGGGAGAUUAACUGCAGUUCUGGCACUGGCUACUCUCAUAUCAGCAUUCGGUUCAUCUUUCCAGUAUGGAUAUAAUGUGGCUGUAGUCAACUCUCCAGCACCAUUCAUGCAGCAGUUUUAUAACAACACCUACGUGGACCGUUACGAUGAACCGAUGGAGGAGAACCUUCUGACUUUGUUGUGGUCUCUGUCUGUGUCCAUGUACCCUCUCGGAGGCUUCUUUGGUUCUCUGAUGGUGGCUCCUCUGGUGAACAAGCUGGGGAGGAAGGGCACCCUCCUCUUUAACAACAUCUUCUCCAUCAUCCCUGCUGUAAUGAUGGGCGUCAGUGAGAUUUCUGAGUCAUAUGAGAUCAUCAUCGUAGCCAGGUUUAUUGUGGGCAUAUGUGCAGGUCUCUCAUCCAACGUAGUGCCGAUGUAUCUGGGUGAGCUCUCUCCCAAAAACCUGAGGGGAGCCAUUGGCAUCGUACCACAGCUCUUCAUCACUAUUGGCAUCCUCGCUGCUCAGGUGCUGGGCAUCAGGAGUAUCCUGGGCAACAGCACAGGCUGGACUCUCAUGCUUGGUUUGACCGGCAUCCCUGCAGUGAUAGAGCUGCUGCUGUUGCCCUUCUUCCCAGAGAGCCCCAGGUACCUGCUCAUCCAGAAGGGAGACGAGAAUAACUCCAAGAAAGCGUUACAGCGUCUGCGCGGCUGGGAUGAUGUGGAUGCAGAGAUGACAGAGAUGCGCCUAGAGGACCAGUCGGAGCGGGCCGAGGGACAUCUGACCGUGCUGUCCCUGCUGUCCCAGCGCUCCCUCCGCUGGCAGCUGGUCUCGGUCAUCAUAAUGAACAUGGGUCAGCAGCUGUCAGGGGUCAACGCGAUCUACUAUUACGCAGACAGCAUUUAUGCCUCUGCAGGAGUCAACGAGAAUGACAUCCAGUUUGUGACAGUGGGAACAGGAGCAGUGAACGUCUUCAUGACCAUAGCUGCUGUCUUCAUCGUGGAGUCCUCAGGCCGACGACUGCUCCUUCUUCUGGGAUUUGGGACCUGCUGUUUGGCCUGUGUGCUGCUCACUGUUGCCUUAAACUUCCAGGAGAGCGUGACGUGGAUGUCCUACGUCAGCAUCGCAUGUGUCAUCGUAUACGUCAUUGGACAUGCCAUCGGAGCCAGUCCCAUUCCCAACGUGGUGACCACAGAGAUGUUCAGGCAGUCAGCCCGGCCCUCCGCCUUCAUGGUUGGAGGCUCCGUCCACUGGCUGUGCAACUUCACAGUCGGCCUCGUUUUCCCCUUCAUGGAGAGAGGCCUCGGCUCCUACAGCUUUAUCGUUUUUGCUGUCGUCUGUCUGGUCGCGCUGAUCUACAUCUGGCUGGUGGUGCCAGAAACCAAGAACAAGACCUUCCUGGAGGUCUCCCAGAUGUUUGCCAAGAGGAACAAAACAGAGAUCAAAGUUGGGGAUCUGCCUCUGAAAGACAGCACAGAAAGCCUGGAGAACGCAGAGAAGGUCACGACCUUCUGAGGAGAAACGAGGGCAUUCAGGACGAGAGGAAGACGUCGCUACAGGGUGGUGCAAAGGAUUUUUUUUAUUUGGACUCUUUAUCUUAGAAGGAAUUUAAGCAAAGUCUGUGUG